AUGGAGCACCGCGCGGCGCCGCCGGACGACGUGAUCGUCCAGGUGAACGCUGCCGCCGUUGCGGCCGUGGACGAAAGGAUCUCGACGGAUCAGAUCACCGAGGAGGACGUCGGCAUCGUCGACGACGGCAAGCAGAUCGGCGGCGGCGGCGGCCGCACACGCCGGAACUUCAGCCAGUCGUACAAGAUGAGGCACCGCAACCCUCUGGAGUUCACGGGGUGGCAGUUGGCGCUGCUGGGGUACCAGUCGCUGGGCGUGGUGUACGGCGACAUCGGGACGUCACCGCUGUACACGUUCUCGUCCUUCACCCUGCCGGACCCCGGCGCCGACGACGUCCUCGGCAUCCUCAGCCUCAUCCUCUGGACGCUCACCCUCGUCAGCCUCGUCAAGUACGUCUUCAUCGUGCUCCACGCAGAUGACCACGGAGAAGGUGGCACUUUUGCCCUGUACUCGCUCUUGCGCCAGCACGUCAAUUUCAGCGGCAAGUCGAUGCCAGUGCCGGUCACUCGGCUGGCAUCAGAUGCCAACCUCAAGUUCCACAGCAAAAAGAGGAGGCUGCAACCAAGGAUGCUCAAGUUCCUGGAAGGCAGCCCCAUUGCGCAGGCAGUCAUCACCUACCUUGUGCUGGUUGGAACUUGCAUGGUGAUGGGUGAUGGUGCCCUCACCCCAUCCAUCUCAGUCCUGUCAGCUGUUCAAGGAAUCCAAUCAAGAUCUUCUAGCAUUAAACAAGGACACGUUGUCCUCCUAUGUGUGAUUAUCCUGGUCAUCCUUUUCCUUUUCCAACAAUAUGGCACAAGUAAAGUUGGCUUCACUUUUUCUCCCAUUAUGCUCGUGUGGUUUGCGUUGAUUGCAUCCAUUGGACUAUACAAUAUUGUCAAGUAUUAUCCACCGGUUCUGAAAGCCAUAUCUCCACAUUACAUAUAUCUUUUCUUCGCGAGGAACAAAAGGGCUGGCUGGGAGCAAUUUGGAACAGUUGUUUUGUGCAUAACAGGUGCCGAAGCUAUGUUUGCUGACUUGGGUCAUUUCAACAAGAAAUCAAUCCAGAUGGCAUACUCAUGCCUAGUUUAUCCAGCACUGAUACUUGCAUAUGCUGGCCAGGCAGCAUUUUUGAUCAAGAACCCAUCUAAGCUCAGCACUACAUUUUAUAGUAGCGUCCCAGAGCCACUGUUUUGGCCAAUGUUUAUCGUAGCAACUUUGGCUGCCAUCGUUGCAAGCCAGGCAUUGAUAUCUGCCAGUUUCUCUAUCAUCAAGCAAUCAAUUGCUUUAGGUUGUUUUCCUAGAGUUACCAUGAAGCAUACCUCAAAAAAAUAUGAAGGCCGAGUAUACUCUCCAGAGAUCAACUACUUCUUGAUGAUUGCUUGUAUAUUGAUUACUGUUGGUUUUAAGGGCGGACCAGAGAUUGGGCAAGCCUAUGGUGUUGCAGUGAUAUGGGUUAUGCUUAUUACAACACAUCUGAUAACAGUGGUCAUGGUCAUAAUAUGGCAAAGUCAUUCUGCAAUAGCUGGGUUAUUUUAUGUUAUCUACACUGCCAUUGAAGGUCUCAUGACGAUAUCACUCCUAUAUAAGAUUGCACAAGGUGGCUGGGUUCCAUUUGCAAUAACCGCAUUUUUCCUUAUAAUUACACUUUCUUGGACCUAUGGGCGAAGCAAGAAGAAUGAAUAUGAAGUGAGUAACUUGAUGGAUAGGCAGGAAUUCAUUAAAACAGUGAAUAUGAGCAACAGAGUACCUGGAAUAUGCAUCUUUUGCACAGACUUGAUGAAUGGCAUCCCACCAAUUGUGCGCCAUUACGUUCAGCACAUGGGUUGUCUCCGCGAACUGAUGGUGUUUGUCACUGUGAGGCAUCUACCAGUGACAUCUGUCCUGCCUGAAGAGCGCUUCCUCUUCGACAGACUAGAGCCUUUUGGUGUUUACAGGUGCAUAGUCCAAUAUGGUUAUAUGGACACCCAGAAUAUGGAGGAUGAUGAGUAUGUUCUAUCAAUCAUUGCAUCCCUCAAAGAAAUAGCUCAAAGUGAUGAUGAGACCAUGAUGAUGGAUUCAGCUUUAGCAAAUGGAACGACCUUUGUACUUGGAAGGGUUAUUUUAAAAAUGAGUUCCAAGCAAAACUGUUUCAAGCGCUUUGUUAUUAACAACCUCUACAGGUUCCUCCAGAAGAACUUCAGGUCCAACAUUUCCAGUCUAAAGAUAGCUCCUAGUAAAACCUUGCAGAUUGGGAUGCAAUAUGAGAUUUGA